AUGGCUUUUGUGAAAAACCUUGUGGUGUUUGCCGUAUUCAUCAUCUUGGGUACUUCGGCAUCUCAAGCCACAUCAUCCUGCACAGAGGCUAUGGCAACCAAGGCUGCGGUGGUGGGCAAAUCAGCCUGCUGUCUAAAUCAAGAGGUGCCUGCCAAUAGUGAAGACGACCUGCUCAAGGCUGUGUCCAUGCUGCAAGUCUCAAUAGGCAUCGAGGCUGCCGAGCAGGAGUUUAACUCAAAAUAA